AUGAUUGUUAUCACCCUUUACGAGGUCGGUUUGACCUACAACGAGAUUGAGGAACGAACGGGAGUGAAGAGAAGUACCUGCUGGAAUAUAGUUAAGAGGGAUAAAGAUAGACGGAAACCAGGAAGUCUUACCCCAUAUACUGCUAGCAAAUGUAACGGCAACAUUAUCUCAAGCUCGCCUAUUACCCAGGGCGCAGCCCCUACGUCCUGGCGGGCAUUCUGCGCCACGAGCGCCCAGCGCGUCCGGCACCGCCAGAGUACAACCUUCGCGCCAGGCUCCGCCGUAGGACCGUCCCACUCUCUGGGACCGCCAGGAGAUAUGGCUCACGUCCGGAGGGCACUCGCCAAUGCUCUGGUCGCCUGGGCCGCCAUGAGAUUCCCUCCCCCUCCGGAGACGCUAGGAUGGAGUGACUCCGCCCACAGCACCUAG